AUGCAAACACGCGAAAUGGCUGAAAUCCGGGCGAUAUGGCGGUCCCGCCAACCGAAGCCCGACGAUGGCCACCCCUCGCUAACGUUCGCCCUGCAGACGCUCCUUGCCCGCCAUGAAGCCUACAUGGCAUCCGCCGAACGCGACCGACUCGAGCUUACGGCCCGCAUCGAGCAAUUGGAACAAGACAAUACGGAACUCGAAGCCAAAAACCGAUCUGUCGCCGACGAGAACCACACGCUACGAGACGAGCUAGAACGGGUAAACGACACGGUAAAGGAUGCCGAGGCCAAUAUUGGGAUUCUCGAGGCGUCCCUGCUCGACUCGCAGCGGGAGGUACGGCGGCUGGAGAAUGCGACCGACAGGGCGAUUAGCCUUGAGCGUCAAAUAGCGCUGCUAGAAGAAGAGCAAGUUGUAUUGCGGACCACCAUUGCGCGCACUGAAGAGGAAUCUCGCACGACCAUGUACCGGUGGAGACAGGCUGAGAAAGGUCUUAGUGACAUACAAGAACAACUGGAGCGCAUGGAGAAGGAAUCCCGGGAGGAGCGCGAGCGCCAUGUCGAAGUUAUUGGCCGCAUGGAGCGGCAACGUGCUAUGGAGAAGGAGUUGAACACGGCAGCAGGACGGCUCAAGGGCGCCGCCGCGGCGAAGUCGAUGACGGACAGCAAGAAUAGCGGCAGUGUUGAUAAUGCCCACCUCCAGGUCGGCAUGGCUGAGCUUCGCGAGAUGCUCCUCAGCUCCAACGAUGAGAUUCAGAUGUUGCGGGAGCAGCUGGCGUAUCACCAGCCGGCGGCCAGCCAGGAACUGACUUCGCCCACGACACUGCAAGCCGAACUGGCCCAGAAAGAGCCGCCAACGCCGCCACAGCCCCCGAGGGUGUCGCAGGAGCUACACAUUCACCACCAUUACCACGUUACGCACAAGCCAGAGGCACGGAAACCGAGGAAGAGAAGGCAAGGGCUCACACCAGGUGUUUUUACUCCGCCCCAGCUUUCUGCCCCUACCUCACCGAUCAUGUCGGCCGCUCGCUUUCAGCGGGGCACCCUCUCCGGGCCCUUGUUGUCGCCGAACGAGCCUUCUCCGUCAACGGCUCGCUGGUCCCUCCAGUCCGAGAACCACUCCGAAUUUGCGCCGUCCUCAGCACCCACCUCCCCACGGUCAACGAACAGGGACUCCCUAUUUGACAGGGUCCCCGAUCUACCGUCACCGGCGUCUCCAACGACGACCGUAGAUCCAACCUCGCCGGGCUGGAAGCAGGCGCACAGAAAGAAGAUAUCGGAAUACUCCCUCAGGAGUAUUUCCGAAACAGCCAUGUUUCCAACGGACACGCCACAUCGAGCUCAUGGUUACACCCAGCGGCCGCAUCCCAUGACGCGUUCGAUGAUGAACGAUCGUUCUCCCACGGCUUAUACCUCCCCCUACACCACUGACGAUGUGCCGAGCAUCACUUCCCCGUCUCUCGCUACCUACACCGACUACGACAGCAAUACCGACAUUGGGGCAGAAGAUGUACUAUCGCCCGCGUCAUCUCAGUUCGAUUCCAGUGUCGAACAGCGGCCUCGCGGCCUGCGGCGAGUUAUCUCGCACGAGUCUAUCGUAUCCCUCUCCAACGGGCUCGACAUUCACACCCUCAGGGCACGACCCAGCCAGCUCUCGCUCCAACCACUCGGUCUCACUGCGGCGGGCACUAACGUCAGCGCGGUCACCGCCCAACCAACGCUCCUGAGCAGCAGCGCUGAGGGGAAGAGGGGUAGCGUUAUCCUCAGGGACAGUAUGGCCCGGAAGUUCUCCACGCCGAAAUCACGGCAGGGCGGCGGUAGGGUUGUGUCUACUCCUAGUAGGGGAAGGGGACCGGAAAGGGAUUCCGGACGGACUCUAUCUCGGGCACCCUCGGCGCUGGGAAAGUUGGUUUCGUGGAGACCCUGGGGAGGAAACAGCAGCAAUGCCGAUACGACUAACGAUACCGCCUCGCCCGAGACGAGCCCAUCGUCAACGCCUGUCCUAGGGGCAUCCACAUCCGUGACCCCCGCGGCGGCCAUCCCCACACUCUGUCUUCCAGACGAUGGGGACUCGAUCACGAGCUCGACUGCGAGCAACAAUCUUAGCAACAUUGGGAAGGGGCAACAUACCAGUGACGGACAUGGUUCUUUUAGUUUCCAGAUACCCGCAACAAGGCGAAUUCGAUUGCUUACAGCGCUCGAAGCCGCAGCGUCGGCGCGGAUUCUCGAGCUGCAGACGCAAUACCAGCAGAACAUCCACGACGCCAUCAGUAACCGCACGACAGGCUGCACCACCAAGAGCAUCCGCCCUCGCAAAGAAUGGAGCGGCCUCACCCGCCCACAACGCGCCGCAUUCAUCUCCGCCAUCCACUGCCUCAACACCCAGCCCGCCCUCACCCCACCCACAAAGGCCCCCGGCGCCCGCGCCCGCUACGACGACUUCAUCGUGACCCACAUCGACCAGACCCCCUUCGCGCACGCCUCCGGCCUCUUCCUGCCCUUCCACCGCCACCUGAUCCACCGCUUCGAACACGCCCUGCGCGCCCCGCCGUGCGGCUAUACCGGGCCAAUGCCGUACUGGGACUGGACGACUUCGUAUACCGAUCCGAGGGCGGCGGAGGUGUUUGAUGGUGGGCCGUAUUCGCUGGGCGGGAAUGGCGAGUUUGAGCUGGACGCACCCGGCGGUGUGCCAGGUGGUGUGCAUGCUUCAGGUCACUGGCAGGUUGGGUUGAAUGCGCUGGAUGUGUACGCUAGUCCGAGUGACCCUGUGUUUUGGCUGCAUCAUGCCCAGGUUGAUCGUUUGUGGACCAUCUGGCAGGGGCAGGAUCUGGCGGCGCGGACAUACCUUGUAUGGGGAACCGGGACGGCGGCCAAUGACCCGCCGAGUGACAACGUCACUUUGGACACCUCGAUGGACUUCGGUAUUAUCGGGGACUCGAGGACCAUUGGCGAGGUUUCGUCGACCAUCGAUGGGGAUUAUUGUUACGUGUAUGAGUGA